AUGGUACUAAAAACAAUAGAAUAUGAUUAUUUGUGUAAAAUUGUUGUUAUUGGAGAUUCAGGAGUAGGAAAAUCAAAUCUAUUAUCAAGAUAUAAUAAAAAUGAAUUUAGUGUCGGAAAAUUAUCAACAAUAGGUGUUGAAUUCUCAACCAAAACAUUAAAAAUUGAUAAUAAAUUAAUAAAACUUCAACUUUGGGAUACUGCAGGUCAAGAAAAAUAUAAUUCUAUAACGGAAUCAUAUUAUAAAGGAGCUAUUGGGGCUUUAAUUGUUUAUAAUAUUGCUGAUAGAAAUUCAUUUAAUAACCUUGAAAAAUGGUUAAAAAAAUUUAGAGAAAAUGCACAUCAAGAUUAUGGAAUAAUGUUGGUAGGUAAUAAAAGUGAUUUAAAAGAAUAUCGUGAAGUUUCAACAUUAGAAGGUAAACAAUUUGCUGAAAAACAUUAUAUGCAAUUUAUUGAAACAUCUGCAUUAGAUUCAAAUAAUGUUGAAACUGCAUUUAAUAAUUUAUUUAAUUUUAUUUAUUAUAGUUUAUUUAAAAAUAAAACUAUGACUUUGGAUAUUAAUAAUAAUGGUAAUAAUAACAGCAAUAUAAUGGUUGGUGAUUGUGAACCAAUUCAAUUUGAUCAACGAUAUACAAUUAAUAAACCAGUAUAUGAUUGUUGUUAA